ACAAUAGAGCAGACAAUUUUUAUAGGGUCAUCGUAUUUUUUUUACCUACUAGAAUUUUGGCCAAGUAAGCAAAAGAAGUCAGUUGGAUUUCUCCUGUGAAACAGUGCGAUUUUCUUAUCAGUGAACGAAGGAUCGUAAAGAUGAGUUUGUGCUGCAAAUUGCUGAAGAACUUAGUUUACUUCUUAGCCUUUUUCUUCAUUGUCACAUUACUGCCGGGAGUGCCUCCACACACAACAUUUCCUUUUAGCAAAGUCGAAGUUGCCAAACCUUUGGAGUUGCAGGGAGUUUUGGAGCUCAAUGGACACCUCAAUGGAGCCGAGAGGCUGCUGGAGAAUCGCGUGCAUGGACCGGAGCAUCUUCUGGCCAUUGGUGAUAGUAUCUACACGGGAAUUCAGGGUGGUGAGGUUGUACGGAUAAAUGGGGAUCACAUUACACACGUGGCGAAGUUCGGGCAGCCCUGUGAGGGUGCCUAUGAGGAAUCCAAAUGUGGUCGACCACUAGGAAUGGCUUUGGAUACUAGCAAGGAUCAUCUGAUCGUAUCGGAUGCCUAUUAUGGUAUUUGGCAGGUGAAUCUUGCGAACGGAAAGAAACAGUUGCUUGUGUCGAUGAAUCAAGAAGUUCAGGGAAAGACACCAAGACGUCCAAAGAUUGCAAAUUCCGUAGCUGUUCACAGUAGUGGUGAUAUCUACUGGACAGAUUCAUGCUCGGACUUUGGAUUGGACGAUGGAAUGUUCACGGUGUUGGCAAAUCCAUCGGGAAGGCUCAUUCACUACAAUCGAAAGAAGAAUAUUAGCACCACCCUUAUUGAUGAACUCUACUUUGCCAAUGGACUUCUGUUGAGCCCUAAUGAGGAUUUCAUCGUCGUGGCAGAGACAGUUACAAGUCGCUUGAGGAAGUACUAUUUGACGGGAGAGAAAAAGGGAACAUCGGAGAUUUUCCUUGAGGGUCUUCCUGGGCAUCCAGACAACUUGUCACCGACUAAAGAUGGUUUCUGGGUGCCACUUGUUGCUCCCAGUGACAGAGAGAAUCCCUCUCUUCUGGGUAGCCUUGGUAAAGUGCCUCUGAUCAGGGAAUUCCUCCUGAAGAUUGUCCACCUCAUUCAGACACCUUUCCGCCUCAUUUCCAAUGCCUUCCCCAAUGUCUACACACAGAAAAUCUACCACGCUAUUGGGCACUUUGAAACCACAUCCGGACUCUUUGGCCCACGUGUGACUAUCCUCAAAGUUGACUGGAAUGGGAAUAUUGUGGCUGCUCUUCAUGGCACAGAUGGUUCUCUCAGUGGGAUAUGCCAUGUGUUGGAAUUCGGAGAUUAUUACUAUCUGGGAUCUCCGUUCAGCAAGUACAUGGGACGCGUGAAGGUACCGCAACAUUUGGUGAGUCGAAGGGAAGCUCCGAAAGAUUCUGCAGCUCCUCCAACGACCACCACGGCGCGUCCAACAACCACCACGACUAAACCUACAACAACACCACCUCCACCAACAACUACACCUCCUCCACCAUCGACCACUACCCCUAAACCUACCACAACAACCCCUAAACCAACCACAACAACCCCUAAACCUACCACAACGACACAGAAGCCAACAACAACUCCGCCUCCCACAAAGGCACCCCCAAAGGCAGCUGAGAAGAGCAAAGAGGCAGCAAAGGAGAUUCCUAUUCACGAAGACAUUCCAAGUGACACAAAACCACCACCAGCACCAAAGCUGAAAGUGAUUAAGAAGGGCGGAGAGCAUGGGGAACUUUAAAGAACUUCCAGGCAAAGCUGCCACAGCUAGGCAGGCAGCAGCUUCCUUUACGAAGGCAACUACAAUGGGCAUCAGCAUUUACGUAAUUAACGUGCAGGUAACUCUCGGUGCGCGUAAUAAUUUUCAAUUUUCAACCAUCACACUUAAUGAUAUUCGAGUAGCGAACAAAAAGCCUCUUUUGCAAUAAUUUCAUCAAACAUUCAAAAGACGGGAUCUUUGAGGCAAUUUACGUAACUACGGGUAAUCUCAAAAUUUAUCUUUAUUUUCUUUGGAUUUUUAGGAAAAAAAAUUAUGUAGAAUUUUCAAAAAAAAGUGAUUGAAGCAAUUAAAAAAAAUCUUAACAUUUCUAAUCUAUUGAUAUGGAGUUAUCAAGGGAAAACAACUCAAAAUACUUUCCGUUAAAUUAGACAUUUCUUAUGUAUGAAAGUUGUUGAUUUUUUUUUGUUAUACUUAUCAAGGUGUUGGAGAAAAAUAUAAUUAUUUAAAAGAAAGUAUAACUUAAGAUGAUGUUUUUUUUAUAUAGUAUUCACGUGAAAUAAACAAAAUAAUCUAUUCCAUUGUGAGUCAUCAAAGAGAGUUCUUAAAUUAAUUUGCAACACCUUGAUACUCUUUAUCAUUCUCUGCAAAAGCAUUUACCUUCUUUUUUAUUGCUCUGUACAAUAAAACUCCAAGUGGAAUGCUAAAAUAUAAUAAUCUUUAGGAAUUAUAGGGAACUAAAGUAUGGGUGAUUUAUUCAUUAUUUUGAUAGAAGGAAUUAAAAUGAAAUUGUCGCACUUUGCGAGUGAAAGAAAAAGUACUUUUUUGUAGAAAUUUUGUGAAAAUCUUUUUUUUAAAAACAAAAUUCAUUAAAGCGACUGUUGAACAUCGAA